AUGUCUUCUCCCAUCACCCAGACCACGCCAGACCCGCCAGAUUUACCCUCCAUAGACUCUUUACUCUACACAAUCACCCUCCAAUGUACCAACUACAAACAAUCGCUCCAUAUGGACGAGCAGGAGCCUCUCACCGCUGAGUUCACCUACAAGGUCAACAACCUCCAGGAGUUCUUCUACGACAGAAUCGCCCUUCUAUCCAAGAAUCCAGUGCUGCAGCACCACUUGCUCUGGUUGGUGUCGCUCAAGCUCCUCUGCUCUUAUGUCAUCAAGUACAAGAAGUACGUCUACUCCCAGCCCCCCAUGGAGAACAAGCACGAUGACUCGUUCAAGCAGUACAAUUCCAUGUGUGGCAAGCUCAUUAAGCUCUGCGGUGACUACUCGGACCUCUGUGCCCAUUUCCUCAAUAGUCCCGACUUGAAAUUGGACUACUUUGUCAAGGGCAACGACCAGCUCCAAGACCACUUUUGCACGUUCAUCAGCGACUCGCUCGAGCUCUUGGUCACCGAUCACUCCAGCGACAUCUUGGACCACUCAGUCAUCCACCUCGAGCCUAUCCAGAAGUGUCUACUGGCGUACUUCCAGAAGAUCAACACUCUCGAAAACAAGCAUCACUUGAUGGGAAAAGCUUUCCCCAUGCUUGCCCAGUUCCUCAGAAUCAUCUACAUGGUGGGCGAAUCCCAGCUCCUCAAGCCCCUCUUGGAAGAUCGCAUCAUCACCCCUCUUUUGGGCGAGGAUAUAGUACGGAAUUGUCCUGUUAACUUCAUUGAUUUGAUCAAUUUCUACAGGUAUUCUGCAUUUAACUUGCUCGUAUUAUCGGUGCUGAACGAGAACAAAAUCAAUAAGAACUACAACUUGGAAGCCAACGUGUACUUCAAGGUAUUGCUUGCGUUCCCCAACCUUAGCACGAUAGUCUAUGAUCCAUUCAUACAACAGACACCAAAGGAGGAAAAACCAUUCCCAGACUAUUUUGCCACUGAUCAGGAUGAGGAUCUCUUGGUUGGGCUUUUGGAAAGACAAGAAAUAUCCCUCAAUUUCAUCUUGAAUAGCUUGUUGAACCUCAACGACAUUCGCAAUUACAUUGAUCCCAAUCCGGUGUUUAAGAAGGAACUCAGCUUCUUGAUUAGUUCGCUAUCGGUUAGCUUAUCCAAGGAGAUUCACAGGUCUGCUUCAAGAUCCGGGAGCUUGCAUUCAAGUACGUUUUCCUUCUCAGCAUUGAAAGAGGUGGAACUACAGAGAAGAAAGGACGAAAUGCAGAAUAAGGUAAUCAAUCGCCUCAGAUUGAAGUCGCUAAGUGCGGUGCUUUUGCAUGGUUCAUACAAAGAAAAGCUCAACUUAAUUGUCAAUGUGAUGAAGGCUUUUGAGAAGCACACAUUGAAUGUGGUCCUGGACCUCGACCUUCCAUUAACUUACGAGCAAGAUAAUACUUUGUACCUGAUAGGUGCCCAUAGUAUGGGGAAAAUCCUCUACUUGUCCACAAUCAAACAUGUUUCAAAACUCUUGAAACUUCUCUCAAUCAAGCACUUGGUUCUUAACAACGGCAUAAAUCACUUCCCCCUUGCUACAUUGAACAAGAUAUGUUCACCACAUCAAUUCAACGAAGUUUUGAGUGUAAAAACCUUAUUGGAGUAUGAUCUGCAUGUGCUGAACGGGGAAAAGAUAAUGGUGUUUAAAAAAGGUGAGGAACAGAGGGGCACAAUCCAGGACAGGGUACAGGCACAGCUCGAAAUCGCUAGUCUAUCGGAGCAUAUGAAGACUGUUCUAGGUGGUUAUUGA